AUGGUGCAGGCAGAAAGAUACCAGGAUGAAAGAAAAGUGUGGCACAAGGCAUUUGAACACGGAGCAAAACCAUUCAAACACUAUGCAGAAGCACUUGAACACAGAGAUGAAGGCUACCUAAUGGAUCACAAGACACUGUUUCCUGGGGGCGUCGGUUUCCCCGUUGGGGGCGUCGGUUUCCCCGUUGGGGGCGUCGGUUUCCCCGUUGGGGGCGUCGGUUUCCCCGUUGGGGGCGUCGGUUUCCCCGUUGGGGGCGUCGGUUUCCCCGUUGGGGGCGUCGGUUUCCCCGUUGGGGGCGUCGGUUUCCCCGUUGGGGGCGUCGGUUUCCCCGUUGGGGGCGUCGGUUUCCCCGUUGGGGGCGUCGGUUUCCCCGUUGGGGGCGUCGGUUUCCCCGUUGGGGGCGUCGGUUUCCCCGUUGGGGGCGUCGGUUUCCCCGUUGGGGGCGUCGGUUUCCCCGUUGGGGGCGUCGGUUUCCCCGUUGGGGGCGUCGGUUUCCCCGUUGGGGGCGUCGGUUUCCCCGUUGGGGGCGUCGGUUUACCCAUGCCGCAGAAGUUAAGGAUUGAGGAGCUGUUGGCAGGCCCUGCUGAGGAGGAAGGCACGCGUCCCAUCGUUCAGUUUCCUGGGGGCGUCGGUUUCCCCGUUGGGGGCGUUUGUUUCCCCGUUGGGGGCGUUGGUUUCCCCGUUGGGGGCGUUGGUUUCCCCGUUGGGGGCGUUGGUUUCCCCGUUGGGGGCGUUGGUUUCCCCGUUGGGGGCGUUGGUUUCCCCGUUGGGGGCGUUGGUUUCCCCGUUGGGGGCGUUGGUUUCCCCGUUGGGGGCGUUGGUUUCCCCGUUGGGGGCGUUGGUUUCCCCGUUGGGGGCGUUGGUUUCCCCGUUGGGGGCGUUGGUUUCCCCGUUGGGGGCGUUGGUUUCCCCGUUGGGGGCGUUGGUUUCCCCGUUGGGGGCGUUGGUUUCCCCGUUGGGGGCGUUGGUUUCCCCGUUGGGGGCGUUGGUUUCCCCGUUGGGGGCGUUGGUUUCCCCGUUGGGGGCGUUGGUUUCCCCGUUGGGGGCGUUGGUUUCCCCGUUGGGGGCGUUGGUUUCCCCGUUGGGGGCGUUGGUUUCCCCGUUGGGGGCGUUGGUUUCCCCGUUGGGGGCGUUGGUUUCCCCGUUGGGGGCGUUGGUUUCCCCGUUGGGGGCGUUGGUUUCCCCGUUGGGGGCGUUGGUUUCCCCGUUGGGGGCGUUGGUUUCCCCGUUGGGGGCGUUGGUUUCCCCGUUGGGGGCGUUGGUUUCCCCGUUGGGGGCGUUGGUUUCCCCGUUGGGGGCGUUGGUUUCCCCGUUGGGGGCGUUGGUUUCCCCGUUGGGGGCGUUGGUUUCCCCGUUGGGGGCGUUGGUUUCCCCGUUGGGGGCGUUGGUUUCCCCGUUGGGGGCGUUGGUUUCCCCGUUGGGGGCGUUGGUUUCCCCGUUGGGGGCGUUGGUUUCCCAGUUGGGGGCAUGCCGCAGAAGUUAAGGAUGGAGGAGCUGUUGGCAGGUGAGAUAUUUGCUUUCUUCAGUAGCUUAAUUACACAUUAA